UAUUGAGUAUUUAGUCUUUUUGCCGCGUAGAACAUAAGCGGACAUCGAGGGAUAAAAUCCACAAGUCCAAAAUGUUAAACACGCUCUCCGUGUGUUUAGUUGCCUUAUCACUCUUUUGCAGUACAAAUUUGUCGUGGGCGCGACAGGUACCAAAAGAAUGCAAUAAAGGCCCGUCGUAUUGGUGUGAGAACCUAAGGCAAGGUGCAGAUUGCGGUGCGGUGCAGCACUGCAUAGCGACAGUAUGGGAGAAACAGAACGAGACGAUCACUACCAACGAGGUCUCCGGAAAGAUCGUCCAUGUCUUCAAGGAGCUUAAGGAUGUUAAGGAUCUUAUUAAUGCGGAGUAUCUCCAAACUCGAGUGGCGUCGGCCUGUCAUGACCUUCCAGUCGCGGCAGCUCGUACAAUGUGCAAACAGAACUCGGAAUCUCUCGGAGAGUACUUCUUGCAUGUACUCCACUCGGAUACUACUCCGGAGACCAUGUGCCGUAUUAUUGGCAUGUGCAACAGUUUGAAACUUAACAACAUCAUUGAUUUAAAUAAAAAAAAGCCAAUAGUGGCAUUGAAGCCAGAGAAAACGAAAGUUUCAGGUAAACUUGUUGGAACUUCAAAGUGCACAUGGGGUCCGUCGUAUUGGUGCAGUAACUUCAGUACCGGCCACGAAUGUAAAGCCACAAAACACUGCGUGGAGCGCGUUUGGCCGAAUCUGCAGGUGCCCGAGGACAACGACUCCGUCUGCCAGAUCUGUUUGGACAUGGUCAAGCAGGCCAGAGACCAGUUGGAGAGUAAUGAGACGCAGGAGGAACUAAAAGAAGUAUUCGAAGGUUCUUGCAAGCUGAUCCCGAUCAAGAUCGUGACGAAGGAAUGUAUCAAGCUGGCGGAUGAUUUCGUCCCUGAGUUGGUUGAGACCCUGGCCUCGCAAAUGAACCCAACGCAAGUCUGUUCCGUCGCUGGACUUUGCAAUAACGCCAAGAUCGAUAAACUGCUCGAGUCUUAUAACGCACGACUAAAACUCCGUGAGGGCUGCAACAACUGCCACAAAACUGUUGGCGUCAUGAGAAAAAGGUUUGACUCUUCGAGCUACGAUGACUUCCUCAUUGGGCUUUUGAAGACUUGCGGCAAAAUGGGCGGUUCUUUCUCCGAUUCCUGCUCGAUGUUGAUCUUCAAGUACUACGAGAACAUUCUAGAAGCCGUAAAGAAAGACCUCACACCAAAAAGUCUUUGCCACUUGAGCGGUCAGUGCUCUUUCCAGUACCACGAGCACGAUGAGUUCACCUUCCCUGUAGUCAAGUUUGAGGAGCUUAAAGCUACUGACGACGUGCCGUGCGAGUUUUGCGAACAGCUGGUGGUGCAUCUCCGCGAUAUGCUCACUGCUAACACCACCGAAUUGGAGUUUGAGAAAGUUUUACGAGCCCUCUGCAAACAAACGGGCGAAUUCAAAGAAGAAUGCCUGCAUCUAGUGGAUGAAUAUUAUAAAUCAAUCUACAGUUUUCUCAUGGUGGACCUCAAACCUGAUAAAAUCUGUGAACUAAUGGGCUUGUGCGGUAAAAAGGAAGACGUGCCGGUUGCACCAUUGAUUCCUGCGGAGUUGGCUGUUAAGAUCACACCGUCCUCGAAACUUAUUGGCGCUGAGGAGACCAAGAUCGCUCAUAUACCAAUGAAGCAAGAGAACGUCCGCAUCGUGGUCGAAGACGCAAGCGUGGCUCCGUUGCCGAUCGAACGCAUGUUCGUCAAUCUGCCAACCAACCCCGAGGAUGGCAAGGUCAUUUGCCAGUUCUGCCAGUACUUUUUGCAUUAUCUACAGGUUGAAAUCAGCGACAUCAAGAAUGAGGAGAAAAUCAAAGAAACAGUAGAGAAAGCAUGCGACAAGCUACCCCAAUCGAUCAACGAUCAGUGCAAGGUGUUUGUAUCUCAGUACGGCCAGCAGGUCAUCGCUUUGCUUGUGCAUGAGAUCGACCCGUCCAGUGUGUGUCCGGCUCUAGGCCUGUGCCCGCAAGUGCACGAGGUCCGUCGCGUGAGCAUCAACUCGGACAAGUCCAACUGCCCGCUCUGCCUCUUCGCGGUGGAACAGCUGGAGACCAUGCUCAAGACCAACCGCACUGAGGCAAGCAUUCGUAAGGCAUUAGACGGCCUCUGCAAUCAUCUAUCUCAGAAACUGCGCACGCAAUGCGUUGACUUCGUCGACACGUACACCGAACAAUUAGUCGAGAUGUUAGUUGCAAAUAUGAAUGCACAGGAGAUUUGUGUCUUCCUCAAACUGUGCGUUGACGAGGGCACUGACCCGUUGAAAUUAAAGCAUUCCAAUAUUGAUAAAUAUCAUGACAAACCAGCGUUGCGUGGGGACAGAAAUAAUCACAAGCAAUCUCUGUUGCCGAAGCAGUUGUUGGUGGGACCUGAUGGUGACAUUGAAACGAACGAGAUCCCGGACAACACAGUGAAUGGCCGUCCCGUGAAGCCCGACGUAUCACAGAAGACAAUCUGUGUCAUUUGCGAGUUCGUCUUGAAAGAAAUUGAUGAUGAGAUUAAGGACAAACACAACGAGGACGAAAUCAAGAAAGUAGUACACGGCGUCUGCAAGCGUAUGCCAAAGUCAGUGAGACAAGAAUGCGACCAGUUUGUAGAGAAGUACGCUGACAUCGUGAUCAGCCUGCUGGCUCAAGAACUGGAGCCUGAUGAGGUCUGUCGGGAGAUGAAACUGUGCGACUCUACCGGCGGAUACAAUGCUGCUAGAGAAGAGAUCCUGGACUGCGCGGUGUGCGAGACGGUUGUGUUGGCCGUUAAGAAGGUUCUGUCCAACGACAAGGUGGACCAUGACAUCGUACACAUCGUCGAGAAGUCCUGCGGGCUGUUGCCGGCCAAGUAUUCCGCGAGGUGCCACACUAUGAUGGAGAUUUACGGUGACAGCGUGAUCCACCUCAUCGAGCAGUACGGCACCAAGGUGGUCUGCCAGAAAAUAGGCCUUUGCUCCGACAGGUCUUCGGCUGCCUUCCUGCAUAUGUCUAAGAAUUAAUACUACCUUAACUAUGCUGCAGUCUCCGCAAGAUUGUAGUUUAUCCAUAUGCGUAAUCUCUUUUAUGUAUCAUAUUUACUACUUAAGCCAUUUUUUUACCAAAUUGCGUAGAAGUAAGUUUGGUUUGUUGCAACAAAAAAUAUUGUGACUAUUCAUGGAUGAACUGAUUUAUUCAUUUUUAUUUGAAGCCAAUCUUGUCAAAACGCGAGAGGUGUAUCCGUUGUUAUUUCUAACAUUCCAUAAUGUUUUUAUAUUUAAUUGUAAGAAAGUAAAAUAUUUUUGCAACAGAUUAAAAUACGAAAACAAAAUAAAAAUUUCAAAAUAUCAUAGGUGUUGCUAUUUUAGUUCAGAUUUAUCAAAUUUAGUUUAAACAAAAUUAUGUUUUCCUUGUGAAUUAUCGCGUUUUGCAAUCGGUCAAAGCAGUCUGCUUGCAAAUGAUGCAGUUGCACUAACUGCAUUAAAACAGCAUUUGAACAGCACAACGGCACUUACACUUCAUUCGGAAGGCAGAACGCUUCAAUAUACCAAAUGUUGCAACAAAAGAGACCCUGGAGUGGGCGGUGGUUUCGGCCGACAAAUGCUGCUUUUCAACAGUGACCCAUUUUUUGGACAUAUUACACAAUUGCAUUAAGAAUGCAAGGUUAUAUGGUAAACAAUUUUCCAUUGGUUAAAAUCAAGCGAUAAAUUGACGGUAUACGAUUUGUACACCAGAUACGUCUCAAGUUAUUUUUCAAACCAUCUUCCCGAUGAAUUACACGUUUUUGAAAUAGUUCGCUGUUCUAGAAAGCUGUCUGUCUAUAUAUUUUUCUAUUUACAAUAAAUAUGGAAUUAUGUGUACUUAUCGUUUGCAAAAUAGUCACAGUAGUUUUGUUUUGUUUUUAGCGUAAGGGUUUUGUAAACAUUUCAAAUAUCUUUUUAAUUGAAAGUGAAGUGAUUUUUUUUCAACUAGUAAUACGUUUAUUUGCAACGAAAUCAAUAGUUACACACCGUGACCUGUGAUAACUUCUAUGUAAACU